GCGGGGGGGGGGUUACACACCAGGGCAGCGGCGGCAGCGCCGGGAUCCCUUCUCCACCCCGCGGAGAGGGAGCCGCCUCCUCCUCCCCCUGCCUCCUCCCCCUUUUUCACCCUUCCUCCUCCUUCUUUCCCCAAAGUUAAACUUCCUGCUCCCGGCCCGGCUGGGAAGGGGACGCGGAGCCCGGCCGGACUCAGCCCUCGGCACACACAACAGCUGGAGCUGUCAAAACUUCCUCCGCUCGGCCUCGGCCCCUGCCGCCUCCGCCGCCGCCGCCUGCUCCUCCUCCGCCCCCGGGGGCUCUGCGCGGGGGGAGGGCGCAGGGCCAGUGUACAAUGAAGCGGCGGCCGCCGCAGCCGGGCAGCGCAGGAGCCGGAGCCGCCGCCAGCUCCCGGGGCCUCUGAGAGCGGGGGGGGAGCCCAGCGGCGGGAUCAGCCGCCUCCUCUCGCUCGCUCUCUUCACCUCGCCCGCCACCACCCCCAGCCCCGACAGACCCCGCCGAGCCGGGGAGGGGGUGUUAUUGUGUGUGAGACCCUUCCUUCCUCAGCGCUCUUUCUCUUCGCGCCCCCCCCCACCCCCCCCCUCCCCUCCUCCUCCUGCUCUCCCCAUGCUGCUCCCCCUGCUACCUGUGCUGGUCGGCGGCGGCUGAGGCCAGCAAUGCGAGGCGGAGGUGGAGGAGGCGGAGGUGAGGAGGAGAGGAGCCGCGGGAGCAGGAGGAGCAUCGGGAUCCCCAUCACCAUCCUCAUCUUCAUCCUCAUCAUCAUCAUCCAUGUGUCUCUCUCGUCCUGCUGACUAGGAUGUCAACGGAGGACAAGAGUCUGGUGGUGGCGGUGGUGGAGCCUCCUCAGCAGCAGCAGCAGCCCCCCGAGCCUGGAGCUCCCCCCCCAGCAGCAGCAGCAGCAGCCACAGACAAAAGACCUAGGGGCCGGCCUCGCAAAGAUGGCGCUUCCCCUUUCCAGAGAGCCAGAAAGAAGCCUCGGAGUAGAGGAAAAACUACAGUGGAGGAUGAAGACAGUAUGGAUGGUUUGGAGGCAGCAGAAACAGAAAACACUGUGGAAACAGAAGUCAAAGAGCAAUCUGCAGAAGAGGACGCCCAAACGGAAGUGGACAGCACCAAGCAGCUAACACCAGUCCUUCAGCACUCAGUAUCCGAGGAGUCUGCAAGCUCCACCGCCUCCGUGGGUGUGGAAGCUAAAACCAGCGAACAACUCUGCGCCUUUUGUUACUGUGGAGAACGGAGCUCAUUAGGACAAGGAGACUUAAAACAAUUCAGUCCAACUCCUGGGUAUGUUAUCCCAUGGAAAAACCAGCCUUUAAAUAAGAGUGAAGCCAGCGACAGCACCGAUGGAGCUUGUGAGAGAACUCCAAGGCAAAACUCAGUGCCGCGCAAACAGAGAGGACAAAAGAAAUCUCGAUGGAGUAUAGCAUCAUGUACAAGUGUAAGCACCCAAACUGCUUCUGACGAUCAGGUUGUCAAAUUCUGGGAUGAACUCAGUUUAGUUGGCUUACCAGAUGACAUUGAUGUUCAAGCCUUAUUUGAGCCAACAGGUCAUUGCUGGGCUCAUCACCGCUGUGCGGAGUGGUCAUUGGGAGUCUGCCAGACUGAAGAGCAGCUAUCGGUGAACGUGGACAAAGCUGUUGUCUCAGGGAGCACAGAACGAUGUGCAUAUUGUAAGCACCUUGGAGCCACUAUCAAAUGCUGUGAAGAGAAAUGUACCCAGAUGUACCAUUACCCCUGUGCUGCUGGAGCAGGCACAUUUCAGGAUUUCAGUAACUUGUCCCUCCUUUGUCCAGACCAUAUUGAUCAGGCUCCUGAAAGAUCAAAGGAAGAAGCAAAUUGUGCAGUGUGCGACAGCCCUGGAGACCUCUUAGAUCAACUUUUUUGUACUACCUGUGGCCAGCACUACCAUGGGAUGUGCCUGGACAUACAAGUUACACCUUUAAAAAGAGCAGGUUGGCAGUGUCCUGAUUGCAAAGUGUGCCAGAACUGCAAACAUUCUGGGGAAGACAACAAGAUGCUGGUGUGCGAUACAUGCGAUAAAGGCUACCAUACUUUCUGUCUACAACCGGUUAUGGAUGCUGUACCAACAAAUGGUUGGAAAUGUAAAAACUGUAGAGUAUGUGCUGAGUGUGGCACACGAACAAGUUGUCAGUGGCACCAUAAUUGUUUGGUAUGUGACAGUUGUUACCAACAGCAAGACAACUUAUCUUGUCCUUUCUGUGAAAAACUGUGCCUCCAAGACUUCCAGAAAGAUAUGUUGCAUUGUCACAUGUGCAAAAGGUGGAUUCACAUAGAAUGUGACAGAUCUCCAGGUAGUGAAUUGGAGUCUCAGUUGAAAGACUACAUCUGCACUCUUUGUAAGCAAGAAGGGGAUCAGACUCAGUCACAUGAUGUAAUGGACACUUCUGAACUAAUUCCUGAACCCGACAGUAUAACAGCUUGUACAAUGGAAAUGGAAAUGGAAAGUGGUGAAGAUGUGACAAUUCAGGAACAGCCCAUUACUGGUGAUGGUCCUGGUCAAGAAUCAGCUGUUGGAUGUGUCACAGACGUUACAGGCAUGUCACCAGAAGAAAAGACCACAGAACUGGAAACAGAAGUCUCUGUUGAAGUUAAUUCAGCUGAAGUGGAAAUGUCUCCUGAAAAGACACCAGCAUCUGGUGACAGUCAGACUGAGAAAAUGAUGGAAGUGAUGGAAGGUGUUCAAGCUGUAAUACAUCAGGAGUUAGACAAAAAAGUGGAAGAGACACAGCUACCACAAGGUAGUGUGGAGGUGUCAGAAGUAUCCACAGUAGACUCUCGGUCUCUGUCUUCAGUACCUGAGACCGUAACUGUGACGCCAGAAAUAGAGGAGACUGAAAGCAAGGGAGAUACUUGUAUCCCUGUAGAACAACAACUGGAAAUAAUAAAAGUGCAGAAAGAUGUAGAAAAAGGAGAAACCCAUGAAAAGUCAGAAACACCAGCUCUCCUAGAAGUAGAAACUACUUCUGCAAAUGAAGGUGUUGCAAAUAGUUCACCAGUUGGAGACAAACCCUUAAAAUCACCAACUGAGACUUACCCCUCACUUCCCCCAUUGGUUAAUAUAAACAAGACAAACGUGUCUUCCUCGCCAGAUGUUUCAUUAGACUUGCAUUCUGCACGAGAUGUACAGCACAGUCAGCCCCCAGCAUUGCCUUCUGCUGCUGGAAGUGCUCUCCCAACGACUUAUAUAUCAGUCACUCCAAAAAUUGGCAUGGGAAAACCAGCCAUCACCAAACGCAAGUUUUCUCCUGGAAGACCCAGAUCAAGACAGGGGGCUUGGAGUACCAAUAAUACAGUCAGCCCACCUUCCUGGUCCCCAGACAUUUCAGAAGGUCGGGACAUUUUUAAAUCCAGACAGCUUCCUGGCAGUGCCAUUUGGAGCAUCAAAGUGGGCCGUGGAUCAGGAUUCCCGGGGAAGCGGAGGCCUCGUGGUGCAGGUCUUUCAGGAAGAGGUGGCAGAGGUAGAUCAAAACUGAAAAAUGGAGUUGGGACUGUAGUCAUUCCAGGGGCCACAACUAUGGAUAUUUCAGCUAACAAAGAUGAGGAAGAAAACUCGAUGCAUAAUACAGUUGUCCUCUUCUCUAACAGUGACAAGUUCACUCUCCAUCAGGAUAUGUGCGUAGUUUGUGGGAGUUUUGGCCAAGGUGCUGAGGGCAGGUUGCUUGCCUGUUCUCAAUGUGGUCAGUGUUACCAUCCAUACUGUGUCAGUAUUAAGAUUACUAAAGUGGUGCUUAGCAAAGGUUGGAGGUGCCUGGAGUGCACGGUGUGUGAAGCCUGUGGGAAAGCCACAGAUCCUGGAAGACUGCUCCUCUGUGAUGACUGCGACAUCAGCUACCACACAUACUGCUUAGAUCCACCCCUGCAGACAGUUCCAAAGGGAGGCUGGAAGUGCAAAUGGUGUGUUUGGUGCAGACACUGUGGAGCAACUUCUCCAGGUUUAAGAUGUGAAUGGCAAAAUAAUUACACACAGUGUGCUCCCUGCGCAAGUUUGUCUACCUGCCCUAUCUGCUAUCGCACUUACAGGGAUGAAGAGCUUAUAAUUCAGUGUAGACAAUGUGAUCGAUGGAUGCAUGCAAUCUGUCAGAACUUAAACACAGAGGAGGAAGUGGAAAACAUAGCUGAUAUGGGUUUUGACUGUACCAUUUGUAGGCCAUACAUACCACCAACAAACGUGCCUUCUUUGGACUGUUGUGAUUCAUCAGUUGGAGCUCAGAUAAUUUCAAAAUCAAAAGAACUAGACCCACCGAAGACAUACACCCAGGAUGGAGUCUGCUUGACAGAAUCCGGCAUGUCUCAGUUACAGAGCCUAACUGUUACAGUACCGAGAAGAAAACGGACGAAACCAAAGCUUAAACUGAAGAUUAUAAAUCAGAACAGUGUGGCUGUGCUUCAGACACCCCCAGAUGCCCAGUCAGAACACUCAAGAGAUGGGGAGAUGGAUGACAGUAGAGAAGGUGAUCUUAUGGACUGUGAUGGAAAAUCAGAUUCCAGCCCAGAACGGGAAGCUGUGGAUGAUGAUACCAAAGUGGCAGAAGGAGCUGAUGGAAUUAAAAAAAGGAAGCGAAAACCAUAUAGACCUGGUAUUGGUGGAUUUAUGGUACGUCAGAGAAGUCGUACGGGACAGGGGAAGACUAAAAGAUCUCUCUCCAGGAAAGAUUCUUCUGGAUCUGUUUCUGAGCAGUUGCCUGUCAGAGAUGAAGGUUGGACAGAACAGUUGCCAGACACUCCAGUUGAGGAGUCUACCCCAGCUUCUGAAAGUACUGAGAAAAUAAAAAAGCGUUACAGAAAAAAGAAAAAUAAACUUGAAGAAACCUUUCCUGCCUACUUGCAGGAAGCUUUCUUUGGGAAAGACCUACUAGAUACCAGUAGACAAAACAAGAUGAGCCUAGAUAAUUUACCUGAAGAAUCACUUCCACUCUCAUGUAAAACGAAUCCUACCACCAGUUUCCUGGAUCCUUCAUCUGACCCCCUUCUUAGCUCAACCUCCACUCCAGCUCAGGCAAAACUGGGACUUCAAGGUAGCGCCGACGAUCCUUUAGCAGAUCUUUCUGAGGUCUUAAAUACAGAUGAUGAUAUUCUCGGAAUACUUUCUGAUGAUUUGGUGAAGUCUGGAGAUCAUUCGGGUCUUGAUUUAUGCACUUUCCAGGUUGAGAACUCACCCUCCCCAUUUGCUGGAUUGGAUAUCGGUCCCAUCUCUGAUGAUCCUUCUUCUCUGCCUCAGCCAAAUGUCAAUCAGAGUUCACGGCCAUUGAGUGAAGAACAGUUGGAUGGAAUCCUCAGUCCAGAACUAGAUAAAAUGGUCACAGAUGGUGCUAUUCUUGGCAAACUGUACAAAAUCCCAGAGCUAGGAGGAAAGGAUGUUGAAGAUUUGUUCACAGCUGUAUUAAGUCCAGCAACCACACAGCCAGCUCCUCUGCCACAGCCUCCACCUCCACCACAACUUAUGUCUUUGCACAGUCAAGGAGAGAAUGCAUUUCCAAGAGUGCCCCUUAUGAAUGGUCUGAUUGGCCCUAACCCUCACCUCCCUCAUACAGCUCUGACUGCUGCCAGUGGACUGGGCACCUUCUCUCCCAUUACACAGCAACCAUACACUGAUACCAGGGAUAAGAAUCCAUCAUUCAAUCCAAUGGUAAGUGAUCCGAACAGCUCAUGGGCACCAUCUGCUCCACCUUUGGAAGGUGAAGGCGAUACAAUGUCCAAUGCUCAAAGAAGCACUCUUAAGUGGGAAAAAGAAGAAGCUUUGGGUGAAAUGGCAACAGUAGCACCUGUUCUCUAUACAAAUAUCAACUUCCCUAACCUGAAGGAAGAAUUCCCAGACUGGGCUACAAGAGUGAAGCAGAUUGCUAAACUGUGGAGGAAAGCAAGCUCACAGGAGAGGGCUCCAUAUGUGCAAAAAGCCAGAGAUAAUAGAGCUGCUUUGCGCAUCAAUAAAGUACAGAUGUCAAAUGACUCCAUGAAAAGGCAGCAGCAACAGGAUAGCAUCGAUCCUAGCUCACGCAUCGACUCUGACCUCUUUAAAGAUCCAUUAAAACAGAGGGAAUCAGAACAUGAGCAGGAAUGGAAAUUCAGACAGCAAAUGCGGCAAAAAAGUAAGCAGCAAGCCAAAAUAGAAGCCACACAGAAGCUUGAACAAGUGAAAAAUGAGCAGCAGCAACAACAGCAGCAGCAGCAACAGCAGCAGCAGCAGUUUGGUUCUCAGCAGCUUCUGAACCAGCCUGGCUCAGACACACCUAACAGUGGGAUUCAGAGCCCCUUAACGCCCCAGACUGGCAACGGAAGUAUGUCUCCUGCACAACAGACGUUCCAUAAGGAUCUAUUUACAAAGCAGCAGCUACCUGCUACGCCUACGUCAGCAUCCUCAGAUGAUGUGUUCCUAAAACCACAAGCCCCUCCCCCUACUCCCACCCGAAUCUCUGUACACGAUUCACUGUCUCAGACUCCUCAGACAUCAUCACAACAGAUGUUUUCUCCAGGUUCCACAAACACAAGACCUCCUUCUCCAAUGGAUCCAUAUGCUAAAAUGGUGGGAACACCUAGACCAGCACCCAUUAACCAAAACUUUGUUAGAAGAAAUACCAUUGCCCCGUUGGAUACCUGUGCACCACAGUCAUCCAUAUCUAGGCCCAUUCAGGUAACUGAACCAUCGGGAAGCAGGCCUUCACCAGUCAGGGAUUCGUGUUCUUCAUCUCCAGGUAGCAGUGAUCCCUAUGCAAAGCCACCAGACACACCCAGGCCUGUCAUAGCAUCAGAGCAGUUCUCCAAACCGUUGGGGGUCCCAAGAUCGCCCGUAGUUAUGGAGCAGUCAGGGAAGGUUCCUUUAACAGCAGGAAGCAGUGAUCCGUUUACUAAGCCGGCUCCUAGAACUGAUACGUUUCAGAGACAGAGAGUCACUUCUGCUGAUGCCUAUGCACGGCCACCGUUGACUCCUACUCCUGCUCCUGUUGAUGGUAGCCCUGGACCUUUUAAAACGCCUAUGCGCCCACCUCAGUCUCCGCAAGAUCCUUAUGCAUCAAUGCCAGCUACCCCAAGGCGCGUUGCUGUUGAUCCAUAUGAAAGGCCCGCUUUGACACCAAGGCCAGUGGAUAACUUUUCCCAUAACCAGCCUAAUGAUCCAUAUAGCCAGCCUCCCCUCACUCCCCAUCCUGCAAUAAAGGAGACUUUUGCCCAUCCACCCCGGAUAGUGCGACAACAGAGUGAUUCUUUCCCUCAGUCUGGACCCAUUUCAAGGCCAGCUUCUCAGGACCCUUACUCCCAGCCUCCAGGUACUCCUCGGCCAGUUGCUGAUCCUUAUGCCCAGCCUCCAGGAACUCCUCGGCCCACCACAGUUGAUCCAUAUAUGCAGCAACCACCGACACCAAGACCUGCUCAGCCAGCAGAUUUAUUUGCUCAGUCCCCAGCAAAUCAGAGACAUUCUGAUCCAUAUGCCCAACCUCCUGGAACACCAAGGCCAGUUCUCAAUGAUCCUUAUUCUCAGCAACCAGCAACUCCAAGGCCAGGGAUUCCAGAGAGUUUUAACAGACCUGCAAUGACAAGACCAGGACUAAUACCAAAUAGAGAUCCUUUCCUGCAGACACCACAGAGCAGGUUGCAGGGCACUUUUGUCAGGCCAUCAGAUCCAUGUUCUCAAACUCCCAGACCUGCAGGACCUGCAAUAACGGAUUCAUUUAGCCAUGGUCCAGCUACUCCAGCACGUGACCCAUAUGAUCAACCACCGAUGACUCCAAGACCUCAGCCAGAAUCUUUUGGAACUGGACAACUGGCCCAUGAUGCUGCUGAGCAGCCACGGCCGGGAUCUGAGGGCAACUUCAACGCAUCUGGAAAUUCUCCAAUGAGUUCUCAAGGACAACAGUUUCCCAAAGUUUCACAAGUUCCUGGCCCAGCACCCACUACAGGAGUAACAGAUACACAGAAUACCAUGAAUAUGUCUCAGGCAGAUACUGAGAAGUUAAGACAGCGCCAGAAAUUACGUGAAAUUAUUCUACAGCAACAGCAGCAGAAGAAGAAUGCAGUUCGUCAGGAAAAAGCCUUGCAGGAUGCAGCAGCUCCUCCCCAUGCAACUCCCCUUCAGCACUGGCAGCAAGACAACUUAAAUCAAAUUUUUAACCGCCCUCCUCCUCCGUAUCCUGGGAAUAUUAGGUCCUCUGUUGUCCCUCCAGGUGGGCCAAGGUUCACCGUAUACACAAAAGACCAGCGUGGACCAUUUCCUGCUGAUGGGCAGUUCAACAGACCCCAGUUUCCAGGUGAUAUGAGUGCCAUGGGGAUGAGACCUCAUGGUCUUAGGUAUGCAUUUCCAGGAGGUGGCCAUGUUCCACCAUCAGGUCAAGAACGUUUCCUUGGUCCUCAGCAGCCAAUGCAACGCCCUGGAGUUCCACCACAGCUGAGAAGAUCUCUGUCUAUUGAUAUGCCUCGGCCAGUGAGCAAUCCACAAAUAAGUAAUACUUCUGGAAUCUCUCAACAUUUUCCUCCACAGGGAAUUCCAGUUCAGCAGCACAAUAUACUGGGUCAGGCAUUUAUUGAGUUACGUCACAGAGCUCCUGAUGGGAGGCCAAGGCUACCUUUUAAUCCUUCUGCUGCAAAUGUUAUGGAUGCAGCAGCACAACACCAGCGACAUGCAGGGUUUAUACCGAGGCAGGAGUUUCCAGGCCCAAGACAGGCAGAACCACUGAGGCAUAAUUCUCAAGGUAUACCUAACCAGUUGCAGAUGUCUACAAGUUUGGAGCAUAUGUCACAAUCCCAGCAGGAUCAAAUCAAUCCUGACAACCCGCCUGCACUUGUAAUACGUUCUCUAAGUCACCCAACAGUUGCCGAUGCAUUCCCAGGACCGUCUUUGUCUACAUCUGCACCAAGUGAUGAAUCUGCAAAUUUACAGAUUCCCAACCAGCCAAGUGAUGGUCUAGAAGAAAAGCUUGAUCCUGAUGAUCCUGCCGUAAAAGAUUUGGAUGUGAAAGACCUUGAUGGGGUUGAAGUCAAGGAUUUAGAUGAUGAGGAUCUGGAAAAUUUGAAUCUAGACACAGAGGAUGGGAAAGGAGAUGAACUGGACACUUUAGAUAAUUUGGAAACCAAUGAUCCGCACCUUGAUGAUCUUCUAAGAUCUGGGGAAUUUGAUAUAAUUGCAUACACAGACCCAGACCUUGAUGUGGGAGAUAAGAAAGGAAUGUUUAAUGAAGAACUAGAUCUUAGUGUCCCCAUUGAUGACAAACUAGAUAUCCAGAGCAAGACAGAAGAACCAAAACAAAAAGAACAAGGUGAUAGAACUGUUUCCCCUCCUGAGACCCAGUCUCCAAAGAAGAAAUCUACAGAAAAUGAAAUUAAAACAGAAGUACUUUCCCCAAACACUCAGGAGGAAAAGAAGAGUGAAAAUGAAAAAAGUGAUGGAAAUGUUGAAUCCACAAGUACUCAACAGGCUGCUGAAACGGAGUUAAAGGAUGGAGAAAAGGCUCCUGCACAGCCUGCUAACCCAGAAUUCCCUGACAAAACUACUGCUGUUCCUAGUCAAGAAACAACUGUGCCUAGUCCAGAUGCUCAGGGAUCUGCUUCACUGCCUGCUCAAGGAGCAGCAAGUUCCUGCAGUAUUUCUGGGUCCACACCAGUCCUCUCAAGUUUGCUAGCUAAUGAAAGCUCAGAUAAUGCUGAAGCAAGGACUCUAGGAUCUCCAUCUCAGUCUUUACCAACACCACAAAUGAACCAUGCAUCAGGUAUUCCACAAACACUAAUGACACCUGGUGGACAGAUCUUGGAAAACACUUUAAAUUCAAAUUUGACCAUGGUUCCACGAAUGAACCAUAAUUUUUCUCAAGGGUCACCAAAUCCAGGAUUUAUUCAGGGUCAAUCAUCUAAUCAUAACUUUGGGACGGGACAGACAUCUAAUCAAACUGUGGCUGUAACAAACCGUCCUGGUCCUAGUGGCAUAUCUGGUCCCCAACAGAUAAUGCUCCCUCAACCAUUAGCUCAACAACAAAAUCGAGAGAGACCGCUUCUGCUAGAGGAACAGCCACUUCUUCUGCAGGACCUUUUGGAUCAAGAAAGACAGGAGCAGCAGCAGCAGCGACAGAUGCAGGCCAUGAUUCGCCAACGUUCAGAGCCAUUUUUCCCCAAUAUCGACUUUGAUGCAAUUACUGAUCCCAUAAUGAAAGCAAAAAUGGUAGCUCUUAAGGGGAUCAAUAAAGUCAUGGCUCAGAGUAACAUGGGGAUGCCACCGAUGGUUAUGAACAGGUUUCCUUUUAUGGGUCAGCCAGUGCCAGGGGCUCAGACCAGUGAAGGCCAAAAUCAUAUGCAACAGGCAAUUACACAGGAUGGAAGUUUGACGCCUCAGAUUUCUAGACCUAAUCCUCCCAACUUUGGUCCUGGUUUUGUCAAUGAUUCACAAAGAAAGCAAUACGAAGAAUGGCUGCAAGAAACACAGCAACUUCUUCAAAUGCAACAGAAGUACCUUGAGGAGCAAAUCGGAGCACACAGAAAAUCAAAAAAGGCACUCUCAGCAAAACAGCGUACAGCCAAGAAAGCUGGCCGCGAGUUCCCAGAAGAAGAUGCAGAACAGCUUAAACAUGUUACUGAGCAGCAAAGUAUGGUCCAAAAACAGCUAGAACAGAUUCGAAAGCAGCAGAAAGAGCAUGCGGAACUAAUUGAGGAAUAUCGAAUCAAGCAGCAGCAGCAGCAGCAGUGUGGAAUGGCACCCCAUGCUAUAAUGCCAGGCGUCCAGGCUCAACCGCCAAUGGUUCCUGGAGGAACAUCACCAGCAAUGAAUCAGCAAAACUUCCCCAUGGUGGCACAACAGCUCCAGCAUCAGCAACAUACUGUGGUAAUCCCUGGGCAAUCCAACCCAACCAGAAUGCCAAAUUUACCUGGAUGGCAAUCUGUAAAUGCCCCUGCCGGCCACAUUUCCAUGAAUCCAGCAAGGAUGCAGCCUCCAAUGACACCGUUGCCAAUCACUCCCGGGACACCAGCUCCUGUGCCUGGUCCAAAUGCAACUGCACAGUCAGGGCCACCGCCAAGGGUGGAGUUUGAGGACAACAACCCUUUUAGUGAAAGUUUUCAAGAGCGGGAAAGAAAGGAGCGCUUACGAGAGCAGCAGGAGCGGCAACGCAUUCAGCUUAUGCAGGAGGUAGAUCGACAGAGGGCUUUACAGCAGAGGAUGGAACUAGAACAGCAUGGUAUGAUAGGGUCUGAAUUAAAUAACAAAACAUCCUUAUCUCAGAUAUCUUUCUUUAAUUCUGAUCUACCUUGUGAUUUCAUACAAACUCCGCGACCUCUUCAGCAGUCUCCACAGCAUCAACAGCAACAAAUGGGGCAAAUUCUGCAACAAGGUUCUGUGACCUCGCCUCCUGCCACAAAUUUUAUGCAAAGCGGUGAGCGAAGGCCAGUGGGACCUACAGCUUUUGGACCUGAUGCAUCUGCUGUUCCAGGUGGAGCCCCUAAUUUCCAUAAUGUAAAACAAACUCAUGGGAAUCUCCCCGGGGCUGCCUUUGCGCAGAACCAAGUGAGGCCUCCAUUUGCUCCCGCUGUACCUUCAUCCACAGUGCUCAGCAGUGGUGUCCCAUGUGGUUCGGACACUAGUGUGCCCCAGGCAACAAACUUCCCUGGAUCAAACCAGUCUCUCAUACAGCUGUAUUCUGACAUAAUCCCAGAAGAGAAAGGAAAAAAGAAAAGGACACGAAAAAAGAAAAAGGACGACGAUGCUGAGUCAAUAAAAGCCCCGUCAACUCCACAUUCAGACAUAACUGCACCAUCAACUCCAACCAUUUCUGAUUCUACCUCCACCCCCACAGUUAACACCCCCAGUGAACUCUCACGUCAUCAAGACGAGCAAGAGUCAGUGGAGUUAACGGGCCCCUCAACGUCAAACGCAGGAGAGAGCCAGGCCUCUCCAGAGCUGGAAUGUCAGCUCCCCAACAGCAGCCUGCCACAGAAACAGCCGAGUGUGAAUACAGAGGCUGAAAAGGCUAAAACAGAUACACCUACCAGCAUUCAAGAAGUUAAACUAGAAAAGGCAGAAACUGAUCAGUGCUUGGGUCAAGCUGAGCCUAAACCAGAAAAUCCAAGCACUAUUAAGGUGGAAGAAGACAAGGUGGCAUCACAGCCUGCCUCUUCAGCUCAGAGUCCAGCGCAACCAGCCAGCGUUCCGGCAGCGAAAGGGGAGUCAGGGAACGAACUGCUGAAACACCUGCUUAAAAAUAAAAAGUCCUCAUCUCUUCUCAAUCAGAAAUCGGAGAACAGCGGCCGAACAGAAGAGGAGGCUUCUGGGGAUAAGAAACUAACAGAGAAGCAGAAUCCAGCUGAAGGAAUGCAAACUGCAGGAAACCAGAUGCAAAGUGCAUUUGGGUGUAGUAACAGCCAGCUUCAGAGAACAGAUGUAGGACCUGAAACCAAGAAACAGAGAAAUAAGCGAACUCAGAGGACAGGAGAGAAGGCAGCUCCUCGGUCCAAGAAAAGAAAAAAAGAGGAAGAAGAAAAGCAAGCUAUUUACCCUAACGCUGAUACAUUCAUCCAGUUAAAACAGCAGCUUUCUCUUCUACCUUUGAUGGAACCAAUAAUUGGAGUGAGCUUUGCACACUUUCUUCCCUAUGGCAGUGGCCAGCUAAAUGGUGGAAAUCGGCUUGUAGGAAGUUUUGGUAGUGCUACUCUUGAUGGGGCUUCAGAUUACUACUCCCAGCUCAUUUACAAGAACAAUCUGAGCAAUCCUCCGACACCUCCAGCCUCUCUUCCUCCCACACCACCUCCAGUGGCAUGCCAGAAGUUGGUAAAUGGCUUCGCAACCACUGAGGAACUUGCUGGCAAGGCUGGUAUGUUAGGAGGUCAUGAUGUUACCAAAGCUCUGGGACCAAAGCAGUUCCAGUUGCCUUUCAGACCACAAGAUGAUUUAUUAGCAAGAGCAAUGGCUCAGGGCCCUAAAACUGUGGAUGUUCCUGCUUCACUUCCAACACCACCUCACAACAAUCAGGAGGAGUUAAGGGUUCAAGAUCACUGUGAGGACAGGGACACUCCUGACAGCUUUGUUCCUUCUUCCUCUCCUGAAAGCGUGGUGGGAAUGGAAAUUAGUAGGUAUCCAGACUUGUCAGUUGUAAAGGAGGAGAACCCAGAGCCUGUACCAUCUCCCAUCAUUCCCAUCCUACCUAGCAGUACUGGAAAAGGUUCGGAAGCCAAAAGGAAUUAUAUAAAAUCAGAACCCGGUUCAGGAGCGUUACCUGGUUCUGGCUUCUUUGCCUCUCAGCUUGGACCAUCCCAGAAUGGUCCUAAAUCUGGCCUUAUCUCUGUAGCAAUUACUUUACAUCCCACAGCUGCUGAGAACAUCAGUAGCGUUGUAGCAGCAUUCUCCAACCUGCUCCACGUCCGAAUUCCCAACAGUUACGAGGUUAGUAACGCUCCAGAUGUCCCAUCCUCCAUGGCAACCGCCAACAGUCACAGAGUGAACCCAUCUGUGGAGUACAGGCAACACUUACUACUGCAGGGUCCUCAGGCAGGAUCCAUGGGACCUGCCAGGAUCGUAGGGUCUUACGGACUGAAGCAACCUAAUGUGCCAUUUCCUGCAAACAGCAAUGGUAUACCUGGCUAUAAGGAUCACGGUCAGAAUAUCGCCGAAGGCUCAGCCUUGAGACCUCGGUGGUGCUCUCAUUGCAAAGUUGUGGUUCUUGGUAGUGGUGUGCGGAAGUCCUUCAAAGACCUGCCUUUCCUUAAACAGGAUUCCCAAGAAGGCUCUGAUAAAUUGAAGGACAUUGUAUUCUGUAGCAACAACUGCUUUGUUCUUUAUUCAGCAGCUGUGCAAGCAAAAAACUCAGAGAACAAAGAAUCGGUUCCAUCUUUGCCACAGUCACCGAUGAAAGAGAGGCCGCCUAAAGUAUUCCAUCAGUACAGCAACAACAUCUCCACUUUGGACGUCCACUGUCUGCCUCAGUUGCAGGAAAAAGUUUCUCCACCAUCAUCACCUCCCAUCAUGUUCCCCCCUGCGUUUGAAGCAGCCAAGGUAGAGGCGAAACCGGAUGAGCUUAAGGUAACGGUGAAACUAAAACCGAGGUUAAAAGCAAUACACAGUCUGGAUGACUGUCGGCCUCCAAGUAAGAAAUGGAAAGGAAUGAAAUGGAAAAAGUGGAGCAUUCAGAUUGUGAUUCCUAAAGGAUCGUUCAAACCUCCUUGUGAAGAAGAAAUAGAUGAAUUUCUUAAAAAACUGGGCACAACCCUUAAACCAGACCCUGUGCCUAAAGACUAUAGGAAAUGUUGCUUCUGUCACGAGGAAGGUGAUGGAUUAACUGAUGGACCAGCAAGGCUUCUUAACCUGGAUUUAGACCUUUGGGUCCAUUUGAACUGUGCUCUUUGGUCUACAGAAGUCUACGAGACACAAGCUGGUGCCUUAAUAAAUGUGGAACUAGCACUGCGUAGAGGCUUGCAAAUGAAAUGCGUGUUUUGUCACAAAAUGGGUGCCACCAGCAGUUGUCACAGGUUAAGGUGCACCAAUAUUUAUCACUUUACCUGUGCCAUUAAAGCACAAUGCAUGUUUUUUAAAGACAAGACCAUGCUUUGCCCCAUGCACAAACCAAAGGGAACUCAUGAGCAAGAACUUAGUUACUUUGCAGUCUUCAGGAGGGUCUACGUUCAGCGUGAUGAAGUGCGGCAGAUCGCUAGCAUCGUGCAGCGAGGAGAACGUGACCACACUUUCCGUGUGGGAAGCCUGAUUUUCCAUGCCGUCGGUCAGCUGCUGCCCCAGCAGAUGCAGGCCUUCCACUCCUCAAAAGCACUCUUCCCCGUGGGUUACGAGGCCAGCCGGUUGUACUGGAGCAUGAGAUACGCAAACAGACGCUGCCGCUAUCUCUGUUCGAUCGAGGAGAAGGACGGGCUUCCGUUGUUUGUCAUCAAGGUUGUGGAGCAGGGCCACGAGGACCUGGUCCUUACUGACACAACACCAAAAGGUGUGUGGGAUAAAAUCUUGGAGCCCGUUGCUUCUGUUAGAAAAGAGUCUGAAAUGCUCCAGCUGUUUCCCGGCUAUCUGAAGGGUGAAGAUCUCUUUGGUUUGACAGUCUCUGCAGUGGCCAGGAUCGCCGAAUCGCUGCCAGGGGUUGAGGCCUGUGAGAACUACACUUUCCGCUAUGGCCGAAACCCCUUAAUGGAACUCCCUCUUGCUAUCAACCCCACGGGCUGUGCCCGUGCCGAGCCUAAAAUGAGUACCCAUGUCAAGAGGUUUGUGUUAAGGCCUCACACCUUGAACAGCACCAGCACAUCGAAGUCAUUUCAGAGCACAGUUACGGGAGAGCUGAACGCGCCUUACAGUAAGCAGUUCGUCCAUUCCAAGUCCUCUCAGUACCGCAAAAUGAAAACCGAAUGGAAGUCCAACGUGUACCUGGCUCGCUCUCGGAUUCAGGGCCUGGGCUUAUAUGCUGCUAGAGACAUUGAAAAGCACACUAUGGUCAUUGAAUAUAUCGGAACUAUUAUCCGGAAUGAGGUAGCAAACAGGAAGGAGAAGCUUUAUGAAUCGCAGAACCGCGGCGUGUACAUGUUCCGCAUCGACAAUGACCACGUCAUCGACGCCACCCUGACGGGAGGUCCGGCAAGGUAUAUCAACCAUUCGUGUGCGCCCAACUGUGUGGCUGAGGUGGUAACUUUUGAGAGAGGACACAAAAUUAUCAUUAGCUCCAGCAGGAGAAUCCAGAAAGGGGAGGAGCUUUGCUAUGACUAUAAGUUUGAUUUUGAAGAUGACCAGCACAAGAUUCCAUGUCACUGUGGAGCUGUAAACUGCCGAAAGUGGAUGAACUAGAAUGCAUUCCUUGCUGUCUCUGAGGGUUGCUUGUCCCUAGGAAGAAGUGAUUCGCAUUUUGAUUUUGUCGACAGAAAAUUGUUGCCUUUUUGAAGGGGGAAAAAAAAAAAAAAAUUUAAAAAUCACUUCUGGAAGUACAGAUUUCUACUCAAGUAUUUAAAAAUAAUUUAAAAAAAAAAAAAAAAAAAAGGAAAAAAAAAAAAACACACGAACAAAAACAAGCACCAGAAGCAAGCCGGCAAAAUCUGAAGCUAACUUUCCAGACACAUGGAGGUUAAACUGAAUUAACAGAAUGGUCCAGCACUUUUGUUUUUGAGCUCACUAAGGAGAAACUGUUUAACUUGGGCAAAGAACCGAUGGCCGACCUGCGGGAGUGCAGGGGGGCACAUAUGAAUGUAAGACUGAAAUCACCAGCGAAAGGGAGAAGUCCAAAGUGCUGGCCACAGCCUUAUUUGAUAAAGGGGCAGGCCCUCUAAUUAAAGAAAAAUUUUAAAUAAAAGUAGACACCACUGAACAAGGAAUGUACUGAAACGACUUCCUUAGGGAUAGAGCUAAGGGAAAAAAUAACUUGCACUAAAAUACAUUUAAAUACUUGAUUCCAUGAGUCAGUUUAUUGUAGUUUUUGAUUUCUGUAAAAUAAGAGAACCUUUUUGUAUUUAUUAUUGAAUAAGUGAAUGAAGCUAUUUUUAAAAAGAAAGUUAGAAGAAAGCCAAGCUGCUGCUGUUACCUGCAGAACUAACAAACUCUGUUACUUUGUACAAAAGUGUAAAUAUUUUGAGAAAAAAAUACAGUAUAAAAAUAGUUAUUGACCAAAUGCUACCAGACUCUGCAGCAGUUCGGGUGCUUAUUAUAAAACGUCAAUAGGGAUGUCACAAUAUGAUCUCAUGUACUAACAGACAUGUGCUACAAUUACGGAAUAACCAAAAUCUCAAUUUAAAGAGAGAGGGGUUUUUAUGUUUAAAGCAGUCUCAACUGUGGUCUUACGAGAAUUUUUUUAAGUAAACCUUAAGCCUGGUAAGGGCAUGUAUAUUACAACUCUGACUUUUGUAGUUGUUUGGGUAAUUUAGAUUAAUUUUAUUUGUAUUAUAUUGUUGCAUCCCUAUUUCUUAAGUCAGGUUUUUUGUGCUUACAAUUUGUGAUAACUGUGAAUAACUGCUAAAACCACCCAAAAUAGAGGCUGGACAUUGUUUUUUCUUCAGCAAAAGUAGUCAGGAUUAGGUGACUGUUCAGCCUACAUUAAAUCAUGUAAACAGCAUAGAAUCAUGUAGUUGGAGCUUAAGUCUGAUACGAUAGCCUUCUUAAAAGGAAAACAAGGAAAAAAAAUUAGAUGUAAUGUGCUUGCAGCUGCAGGACUCUGGCAAUAGGGUUUUGGAAAAUGUAAUUUAAAGAUGUGUUUGUAUGGAUUGUUUUUGUUUACAUUUCUUUAAAAAAAAAAAUAAACACUGUUUUGUGUUUGCUUGUAGAAAUUUAAUCAGCAUUUUGAACCAGGUUAGCUUUUUAUUUUGUACUUAAAAUUCUGGUACUGACACUUCACAGGCUAAAUAUAAAAAAAAAAAAAAAAUGAAGUUUUUUUUUUUGUGUGCACAAUUAAAGUGGACUGUAAACUGUUGGUAUAUUCAGUAAUACAGUUCUGAACUUGUAAUGUAUAUGGCAUGAUGUAUUUUUAUCUUACAGAAUAAAUCAAUUGUAUAUAUUUUUCUCUUGAUAAAUAGCUGUAUGAAAUUGUUUCUUGAAUAUUUUUCUUCUCUUGUACAAUAUUCCAACAUCCUACCAGUAUUUGUCCUACAGUUUUUUCUGUUCUGUAUAAUAGUAUCUAAUGUUGGCAAAAAAAAUACAAAAACACCACAAAAAAAAAAUUUUUUUGAAGUAUACAGAGUGUUAUGGGUUUUGGAAUUUGUGGAAACAGAUUUAGAAGAUCAGCAUUUACAAAUAAAAAUAUUUUACAUCUAUAAA